AUGAGUGGUUCAUAUCGACGAGCUUCAAUGGAUGAGCACCUUUAUGAUCCCGAAAUAUUGAGGCGGGCCAAUUUCUCAAAAUAUAUGUCGAAGUUCAAUCCAAGAAUUUCUAUUAUGAAUCCAGGAGACAACCUUCUUGUGCGCCCACUAAAUUCAGGAGAUUACGAUCGCGGUUUCUUAAAACUUUUAAGUCAGUUGACGAAAGUCGGUCAUGUUACGCGUGAACAAUUUCACGAGAGAUUUGCAACAAUGAAAGAAUGUAAGAAUACUUACUUCGUUACCGUAAUCGAAGAUACGCUUCUCCACGAGGUCAUUGGUGCUGCUACGCUAGUUGUGGAACAAAAGUUUCUUCACGAUGCUGGUAUUAGAGGACAAUUGGAAGACGUGGUGGUCAACAAUACAUAUCGUGGAAAACAACUUGGGAAAUUGAUUGUCCUAACAAUUGUUGCUCUGGCAGAGCAUCUUGGCUGUUACAAAAUAGUACUCAAUUGUAAAGACAAGUUAAUACCUUUCUACAAGAGUUUGGGGUAUGCAUUUGAACCUGGUCAAUCUAACAAUGCCAUGACCAUUCGUUUCAAUGCUCCACAAUUCCAGAGCAAUUUGUGA